AUGACCUUCUUCGACACCAUCCAGAAGUCCUUCGUCGACGUCCCUGUCGACGCCGCCAACGAGAACGCCAUCCACACCAGCGAGUUCCUCGAUGCCUCCGAGUCGCUCACCACCCUCUUCGAUGUCCUGGGCUCUGCCGCCUUCAAGCCCGUCAAGUCGGACAUGACCGGCAACAUCACCAAACUCCGCAACCGCCAGGUCGAGAAGCCCGGCGAGAGCCAGACGCUGCAGGAGCUCGUCGUCAACGAGAUCAAGGAGAAGAAGCACACUGCCGCCGAGGGUCUCCUGUGGCUGACCCGCGGCCUCGACUUCACCGCGCAGGCGCUGCGCGAGAACAUCAAGAACCCGAGCCAGGAGCUGUCGGACUCGUUCCGCGCGGCCUACGGCAACACGCUCAAGCCGCACCACUCGUUCGUCAUCAAGCCCAUCUUCAGCGCCGCCAUGAGCGCCACCCCUUACCGCAAGGACUUUUACGCCAAGCUGGGCGACGACGAGGCAAAGGUCCAGCAGCAGCUCGAGCAGUGGCUCGCCGCCCUCGAGCGCAUCGUCGCCAUCAUCAAGGCCUUCCAGGAGAAGAAGGAGGCGAAGUGGUAA